GUACCCACUGAACUAGGCUCAUGCUUUUUCUUUUUCCCUUUUUUUUUUUAGUUGCAACUUGCAACUGUAUUGGACGACUUGGUCUUUUUAUUAUUAUGAUUUUUUUAAACGAUUUCGGUGAUUUGUGGCAGCAGCAGCAUCAGCAGCAGCUCGGGAUUUUUUUUUUUUUUUUAACGUUCUCGGUGAUUUGUGGCAGCAGCAGCAUCAGCAGCAGCUCUGCUGAGUUCGUUGAGUGCUGCCGAUGGCGUCAACGGCUAAGUGUGGAGCGCCGCAGGCCAAGAUCUCGGCGGCGGCGUAUGUCCACGUGUUGGACGGAAAUGCAGACAGUGUGGAAUUCUGUCCUAUUGAAAGUUACGAGCACGUGCUGGCAGCUGGCACGUACACUCUAAUUACAGAAACACAUAAAGAAGGAGAAGAUGGUGAUGAAUCUGAUGAUGAUGGUGGUGAUGGUGGUGAUGCCGGCAAGUCAAGGCGAGAGGGCAAUCUGUAUCUGUAUGGUGUGAGCGAGAAGAAGAAGCAUCUAGACGACGGCUAUGGCCAUGGGAGAGAAGAAGAGGAAGAUGGUGGUCAAUCAGCGGACAUAAACACUACAUCUCACAAGAUUUUGGUGAAGAAGCAAUAUGUUCAAUCGACCUCUGGAAUAUUCGAUCUGAAAUGGGCGCCGACUAAAAUCGCCGGGCGGCCGUGCUUGGCCCAAGCGAGCGCCGAUGGCUCUGUCUCGUUUUACCGACUAAUUAGUGAUGACGUGGAUAGCUUCAGACUCUCUGAAACCGCCAAAGUCAUCUGCUCCUCUUCUGGUGCCAUGUGUCUGUCGCUUGAUUGGAAUCAUCUCCGUGGAUAUGGGGUUGAUAGGUCAGACGUGUGCGGCGAUGGCGGCGGCGGAAGCGGCGCGGAGGGGGAGGAGGAGGAGGAGGAGGAGGAGGAGGAGGAGGAGCUGGGAUCGGGAGCGGGAUCCCGCCGACACCACCGCCUGCCUAUCCCACGGAAUGAUCCUACUGCUGCUGCUGUCUGUGAUCGGGAUCGGGAUGACCUGGAUAUUGCCGUUAGCCUAUCCAACGGAUCGAUCUCGAUCGUCCACGUGGGUCCGUCUGAUGCCCGCGUUGAUCUGACCUGGUCUGCCCAUCUGCUUGAGGUCUGGACUGUGGCCUUCGACACGUGGCGGCCUUGGACGCUGUACUCGGGGGCCGACGAUUGCGCCUUCAAAGGAUGGGAUCUCAGGUGCCGCACCGGUCCCGACCGUCCGAUCUUUAAGGAUGUGAAAUCGCACAUGAUGGGCGUGUGCUCCAUCCAGAGCAGCCCAUUUCGCGAGCACGUGAUUUGCACGGGGAGUUAUGACGAAAAGGUGAGGUUGUGGGACCUGAGAAUGGUCGGGAGACCGACGCUGGUUCACUCGGUCCCGACAGGAGGCGGCGUGUGGAGGGUGAAAUGGCACCCUUGGGACCCCGAUCGCAUCCUCUGCGCGCUGAUGCACAAUGGAUUUGCCAUUCUCGAUGUGAAAGGGAAGGGGGAGGGGGAGACGGAGGGGGAGGGGGAGGGGGAACUGAAGAACUGCCACGUGGAAAUUGCCGAGACCUACAUGGCACAUGAGUCUCUCGGCUAUGGUGCAGAUUGGAGCCGCAGUCGAUGUGUAAAUCUUGCUGGCAUUGGCUCGAGAGCUUCUUCCAAGAAGAAGGGUGCUGGUGAUGUCCACGUCAGCAAGGAGAUGAUGCGAAGCGAUAGUGACCUGCGUAAUGAUGACCUGGAGAUUGAAGAGGAUGGAGAGAGAUCAUCAUCGACGUCUUCGUUGAUUGCCACGUGUUCGUUCUACGAUCGACAAUUGCACGUAUGGAAGUCGGCUGCUGGUGAAGGCAGUGGCAAUUGAUCAUCCGAUUCGUUCGUUGAAGCAUGCCAUGGAAUUGGAGGAUGGAACGGAAUUGCAAACAGCGGCGUCUAGUGUCUUGUGGUCGAUUGACGACGUUGAGCCAAAAAAGACUUGGGCGUUGUGAGAAAUGUCAAGAGGAAAAUGGAAUCCAUGAGUUUUCGCAGACACUACUUGUACCUAAAGGUCCUGAACGUACUGGGACUCCUUUUUGCGGAACAUUCAGGGCUGGGGUUUGCAGAGAGUAAUUGCAGUCUGGAAAGUACUGGUGUGUAUGUACGUGUCAAGGACCGGACCGCUGCGAGCGACAUCGGAAAUCAUUUCCUGGACAGAGAAAUGGCAUUGCAUGCCUGUCCUUUGCCGGCGAUUGCACUGGACAGC